AUGUCUGAAGAAAUCACCAAGAAGACUGAGGAGCUCAAGAUUUCCGAGGCUCCUGCUGCAGCUGCUGCAGCCCCCGCUGAGGGCGUUAUUUUGGACGCCGAUGGCAACCCUCUUUCCAAGAAGGCUCUUAAAAAGCUUGAGGCCGCCCGCUUGAAGGAGCAGAAGAAGGCUGAGAAGGCUGCCCAGCUUGCUGCUGAAAAGGCCGCUCGUGAAGCUGCCGAGCCCGAUUACGGUACUGAGAACUAUGGUAAGCUGCCAUUGAUCCAGAGCACCACCAAGUCUGGAAUUGAGCGUGUUCAGAUCAGCACUUUGAGUAAGGCCAAUGCCGGACAAGAGGUUGUUUUCCGUGCUCGCGUGCACAAUUCGCGCCAGCAGGGCAACAAGAUGAACUUCAUUACAUUCCGUCAGCAAAACGCCUUAAUCCAGGGUCUUGUUGCUGCUAAUGCUGACUCCAUUUCCAAGAAGAUGGUCAAGUGGUCUGCUUCCAUUUCCCUUGAAAGCAUUGUUCUUGUUCAUGGUAUUGUUGGUGCUUCUCCUGAGGAAAUUACUUCGUGCACUGUUAAAGAUGCUGAGAUCCAGAUCACCAAGCUUUACACUAUUUCUGAGGCUCCUGCCCAGCUCCCCAUUCUUAUUGAGGAUGCUUCGCGUUCUGAGCAGGAGGCCGAGAAGGCUGGAUUGCCUGUUGUGAACCUUGACACUAGACUUGACUAUCGUGUGAUUGAUCUGAGAACUGUCACAAACCAGGCUAUUUUCAAGAUCCAAUCUGGUGUGUGCGCUUUGUUCCGCGAGUACUUGUCUAGCAAGGGCUUUGUUGAGAUCCACACCCCCAAGUUGAUGGGAUCUGCUUCUGAGAGUGGAGCCAGUGUUUUCCGCGUUGACUACUUCAAGGGUAAUGCUUUCCUUGCUCAGUCUCCUCAAUUGGCCAAACAAAUGCUGAUUGCUGCUGAUUUUGAGCGCGUUUUCGAGAUUGCUCCUGUUUUCCGUGCUGAGAACUCGCAGGGUCCCAGACAUAUGACUGAGUUUACCGGUCUUGAUUUGGAAAUGGCUAUUGAGGAGCACUACGACGAAGUCAUUGAUGUUCUUGCUGAGCUGUUUUCAUUCAUCUUUAAUGGUCUUAAGACACGCUUUGCUGAGGAGAUUGCAAUUGUCCGUAAGCAGUACCCUGUUGAGGAGUUUAAGGUUCCCAAGGACGGCAAGAUGGUGCGCAUUCCUUUUAAGGAGGGUAUCCAGAUGCUUCGUGAUGCUGGUGAGGAGGUGAAUGAUUUUGAGGAUCUGAGCACUGCCCACGAGAAGCUUCUUGGUAAGCUUGUUCUUGACAAGUACGACACUGACUUUUACAUUCUCGACAAGUUCCCUCUGGCUGUUCGUCCCUUCUACACUAUGCCUGAUGCCACUGACUCGCAGUACUCUAACUCAUACGACUUUUUCAUGCGCGGAGAGGAGAUUCUGUCAGGUGCACAGAGAAUACACGACCCUGAACUGCUCCGCGAGCGCAUGAAGGUUCACGGCGUUGAUCCUGAGGGCGAGGGUCUCAAGGAUUACGUUGAUGCAUUUGCCUACGCUGCUCCUCCCCACGGUGGCGGUGGUAUUGGUCUUGAGCGUGUUGUUAUGUUUUACCUUGGAUUGGGUAACAUUCGUCGCGCUUCCAUUUUCCCCCGUGACCCCAAGCGUCUCCGUCCUUGA